AUGAAUUGUAUACGGUACGAUCGCUUAGUAAAAGACGGAUUCUUAAAGGGUAACAGAGGUCGUUUCCAGGCUGCAUUGGCCAAAAUGGAAAAAUCGUCUAUCACACGACCGGCCAUAUUGCCUUUUAAAGCGCUCCGGUCACCCGGCUCCUCUCUGCCUCCUUAUCUGCGAAAAACACAAGCUCCAGGUCCACGGUGCAAUCCUAUGCCGCCGAAUUCGCCAGGGUCUACACCCAAGCUCGUGCAACGGCAUAAUGUACGGGCCCCAAAGGAAAGCCUUCAGAGAGACGAUCUUGAUGCUACAAAGGGUGACUAUUUUGAACGAGCAAUUUGCCUAAGGCUGAGAGUGGAUAUUCCUACUGAAAGGUAUGAUCUAAUUCAGAAGAAUGCCAGCAAUAGAAUCAAAAAGCUAGAUCAGAGCCUUGCAGACAUUAUACUCAAUUGCAUCCGAACAGUAUGA